AGAUUUUCUAUGGAGAUGUGGAAAACUUCAUUUCUGAUUUGAAAAUUACAAAAUGUAGGUGAAGAGCACUCUGGGAUCCAAUGAGGCUCAUUCUGUUGUGUUUUCCCACUUAGUGACAAAAAUAAAGAAGGAAGGUGAUGGAUGGAAGAAAUAACACACCUGUGACCUAUUUCAUUCUGAUUGGGCUGUCAGAGUACCCCAGGGCUCAAGCCAUCUUCUUCUGCCUAUUACUGGUAUGCUAUCUUGUCAUCUUGCUGGGAAAUGUCCUUAUUCUCUUCUUGAUUCACUAUGAUUCCCGUCUCCACACACCCAUGUACUUCUUCCUCAGCAACCUCUCCUUCCUGGACAUCUGCUACACCUCAGCGAGUGUUCCUCAGAUGAUCAUUAACUGUUUAGUCACAAUUCCCAUCAUCUCCCUGGGUGAGUGCUUGGUCCAGAUGUGUGCUAGCCUUUACUUGGGGGUGGUGGAAUGCCUUCUGCUGGCCAUCAUGGCCUAUGACCGUUGCAUAGCCAUUGGUGACCCUUUGCGCUACUCGGUGAGGAUGGGUCCCCAGCUCUGUGCCCAGCUGGCAGGAGCAGCCUGGGUCUCAGCCUUUCUCCUCACUGUGAUACCAACCCUGACCACACCACUAGAGUUCUGUGGCCACCACAUCAUCAACCACUUCUCCUGUGAGCUCUUGGCUGUCAUCAAACUCGCCUGUAAUGAUCUGAGGUACAAUGAAUAUUUUAUGAUGGCAUCCAGUUUUCUCACCCUCCUGCUACCCUUUGCCUUCAUCCUUGCUUCCUAUGGGCGCAUCCUCAGGGCUGUGCUGAAGAUGCAUUCAACUAAAGGUCGAAAGAAGGCUUUCUCCACCUGUAGCUCCCAUCUCACUGUGGUAAUUAUCUUCUAUGGCACAGCCAUCUCCAUGUACAUGAUGCCCCAGGACAAGGCCAGCAGGGACCAGGACAAGAUUAUCUCCAUGGUGUAUCUUGUUGUCACACCCAUGCUUAACCCCCUUAUCUACAGCCUCCGGAACAAGGAUGUGAAGGGGGCCUUACAGAAACUACUGGGAGAGAAGAAUGUCCCAUAGAAAGAGAUCUUUGGAUCCCUUUUCUGUAGCCCAAAGGUGAAGGCUAUCACUGCUGUUAAAAUACAAUUAGUGAAAAUUAAAGUGGCUGGAUAUCAAGACAAUCAUUGGUUUUACACAGAGUCCUCCAAUUACCACGAUUGCUCUGUGGUACUUUUUUUCGUUUGUUUAUCUGUUCAUUUAUUUGUUUAGACCGAGUCUCCCCAUGUCACCAAAGAUAGAGAUGCAGUAGCCAUUCAUUGGCCCAAUCCCACUACUGUCUAGUAUGGGAGCUUUGAAGUGCUCUAUUUCCACCAUGGGCUGAUUCUCCCUUCCUUAAGCAGCCUGAUCAGCUCCUAUUCUUGAGGACUUACCAUAAUGGUGCUGGACUUAUUGUGGACAUCUAAGCAGCUCAGAACUGCCCAAAUUUCUGGGAUUGGAGGCAUACAUCACUAUAUCCCAUAUGUUGUACUUUCAAACCCACCCCUAUAUAAAUGGUGCAGAGACUUUGAGAGUUGUAAUCUCAGAAAUGUAUCACUGGCUGUGUCAGAAAGGUCUUACCCCAAAGAUCUACCCCACCCACCCAUGCCACUACAGAGGUACAGCACCCAGGUACCUGGGAGGAAGAAAAAUCCAAAUGUCACACACAAUUCCUCUGGCUUCCUUCCAAUGGAUAACUAUUAAAAAAAGACAGAAGCAACAUCCAAGUUGGAGACGCAUCCCAGAUAAUGAAACCAGUCAUGGGUUUAUAUUGUCUAAGGUGAUUUUAAAUGGAAUUUCUCUUUCUAACUCCUGCUGGGUAUACACAUGAUAGAAAUAGUCAUUAAAAAAAAAACCUCUUACAAGUGAAUUCUAUCAAACAUUCAAAUAACAGCUAAUCCCAAUACUACACAAACUAUUUGACAAAAUAAGUAAAGAAGCUUUACCAUAUUUCUUUUAUGACACAAAUAUGGUACUGAUUGCAAAG